CUCGUGCACUGUCGUCACUGGUAGUGAAAGGUCGUCUGAAGCUGGUCAACGUCAAUUCUUACAGGAAAGAAGGCUUUUUAUUCUGCAGGAUUGCUCGCUGAUUAGGGAGGGCAGUGAUACCAUGUGGAAGUCACAUGAACGACGAGGAUGAGGCAUAAACAAGGGGGCAGCCUGACGACAGAGCCGCUGCAACACAGUGUCAGCCAACAGGAAGGGGAGGAGGAAGAGGAGGCGGGACUGGUGCCUGUACAAAGAUCCCCCACACAAGCAGGCCCCCUGUGGCCCUUUCCCCCUUGAACCUUAAUUAGGAUGAACAGCACUACCACUCAGCCCCCUGCCCACAAAGAUGGGGGUGUGGUGGUGAGCUAUGUGCUGGUGCCAUUCCUCCUUAUAACCAUUGCUGGAAUUGCUACAGUUUUGAUUAUAUGUCUGCGUAGAAAAAGGAGGAUCGACAGACUUCGGCAUCAACUGUUACCUGUUUACACGUAUGACCCUGCAGAGGAGCUUCAUGAAGUUGAACAGGAGCUUUUGUGGAGAGAAGAGGACACAAGGAUUGUGCAAGGCUGGGCAAGAAGCUAUCAACAGCAGCAACCUCUUCUGUCCAAAGAUGUGACUGCUUGAUGACAGCUCAGCCUGGCGCAGGAUGCUGAGGAGCGAGAAGACAACCUUCCGACUCAAAGAUUCGCCCUUCUUUUAACUCAUCUGUCACAUUGCUCUAUUUUGCUUCUGUUGUCUUUAUCCCAGAUUGCAUAAGUGAUUUAAGAGCCAAAGUGAUGAAGUACUUGUUACUUAUUUAUUGGAAAUUAUUUAUUCAAAUACAUUUUUAUUGUUGUGCUCUGUGGCACCAAAUUCUGGGAAAGCAGAAGACAAAGCCUCUUGUGAAUUCGGUGUUUUGUUUACAUUCUUAUUGCUGUUGUGGGCAGCUUGUGGCAAGCAGCCUUGUUCCUGUGGGUUGCAGUAGGCAUCCGUACCGCUCGCAUAACUUGCUGCCUGUGUUCACUGUGGUAGGGCUGCGAAUGUUAUGUACUAGUUAAACAUCAGCGCUCAGAUCUGGCUUGGGCAGAGGUUGUUUGCAGAGCAAUAGCGGCUUCUUUGAUGAAACGCCUUUACAAUUACAAAGGCAAAGACCCAUAUUGAUCAGGUGAAAAUUGGUAAAGAAAGCUCGUUUUUAAUGUCUGUUUCUAGCCAAAGGCUUAAACAUCCUCCUUCUGUUUUGUUGCUUUGAGUCGCUGCUUUGGAAAGCUUUAUUUUAUUUUGUCCUGCUUUGCCAAAUUCUGUGACUCUUAACAAUGGCAUGAGAUGCAAAAAUCAGGAGCGAAUAACACCAACUUCCUCCCAGCUCUUAAAUGAGUUGUGACUGGAUCUGAAAAUAUGCCCUGUCUUCGAGGCAUGGCACCAGAAAAUUUACAUCUGGCUGAAAAAUCUGCUCAGAUGAAUUCCAUACAUCUGACUGUUUCCAGCACUCAGGAAACCUUUUACACAUUAUAAACUUUUGCCUUUCAUUUGUUGAAUGUAAACUUAACUGUGGGUCUGUCUGUGUUUAUGGAAGGCUUCACAGUUCUGGUAUUUUGAGCCUUUACAUAUAAAUUUUUAUGCUUGUCAGGUUUCUCUUUUUAAUCAUAAGAGAAACCUUAAUGCACCACUCAAAGAUCUCCAUAUAUCUUAUCUGGAAUGACUUGUGUUUAAGAAUCCCAACUUUAGGUGACACUUUUAUCUAUGUACAAUUGCUGUGAUGUUGAGAUUGUUUUCUUCUCCUUGAAUGCAGUUCUAGACAAUUUUUGAAAAUGUCAGUAAUUCUAAUAAAGUGAAACUGAUAUUA